UCUUCUCAUUUCUUCUCUCUGCUCUAUCCACUCUUCCACCCACCUCCUCCCCAACAACUAUUCUCUCUCUCUCUCUGUAGGCUGCGAAGAAGAAUCUCCCAAACCCCAACCAGCAACGUUAAUGGCUCGCUCUCUCUCUCUUUCCCUGACGCGUAAUUGGCCAACCAAAACGCUACGUCCAACCGCCUCUCGCCUCGUUGCUCUCCGCGCCCAAUCCACACACAACCCUAAUCACGCCGACAAUCCGUCCGACGUCGAAGCCUCCUCCGAUCCUCUCCUCCGCAAGCUCGAGGACGCAAUCCACCGCAUCAUCGUUCGCCGCUCUGCACCCGAUUGGCUCCCUUUCUUGCCUGGAUCGUCCUAUUGGGUCCCGCCCCCGCGAUCCCAAUCGUACGGCAUCGCUCAGCUCGUUGAGAAGCUCGCGAAUCCUUUGACUCCCGACCAGUCUCUCUCCACCACGACCGUCCGCGGCUGGCCUUCCUCCGAUUACUUCAUCAAAGGUACUCAUCCACAUCCGGUAGAGAUGGAGGCCACUUUGAAUAAUGUGCCUCGGUCGGAGGAUGAAGAAGGAUGAACCAUGCUCUUAUUAGAGUGGCAUCUGGGGCUCAUCCAGACUUGUAAAUUUCAUUAUAGAAGCAAAAACCAGAAGUGAUGGAAAACACAUUGACUGAAAGACCCAUAAUACAAGGUCGGUUGGAAGAGCUGCAUGGAUGCAACUGAUUACCAGAGGGCAGACAUGACUUAUUUCCAAAGAGCAGCUGCCUGUAAUGUCCGUCUGUAUGGCUACCUAUGUUAUGAUGAUGUUAAAUAACUUAGGCCUUUGUUCCCAAACUGUAUGCUAUGAUGCGCUGUUUAUUGUUGUUAUCUCACUUGUAUUUUACAAUUUUUUAGUUUGGAACAUUUUAAUGUAAAUAUCUAUGUAUCUAUUCAAGGCUGGUAAUUUGCUUACUACAACUUCAUAGUUGCAA